AUGGCGUUGGCGGCUCAACCCCCAGGCCCUCCCAGCUGGGACCGCUGGCACCAACCUCACGGAGCCCCGGAAUAUGUCAUGAUGGACGCCAGCAGCCUGAUGCAUUAUGACUCCCGCUCCGUUGCGCCAGCACCUCCCGCCCCUCACCGGGCCCCCAUGCACUACAUGCCCGGCUCGUUCAACGUUGCUCCCAUUCACAACGCACCGCAGCAGCACUAUCCGGCGCCAAACCACUUUCCCUACAACGGCGGCUACAACGCCCCGCCGGCGGUUAGGGACCCUUAUAAGCAGGCACCCCGCCCACCCCAGUACCAGGAUCGAAUGGUGAUGAUGCCCCCGGUGAAUGACCGGAGUCGCACCCUCGCGCCCCCUCCGCGGGAUAUUCGUUCUCCGUACGAAGAACAUAGCCAGAGCCCUUCGGUGAAGAGCGACGGCCAGCCCAAGACCCUAACAGUACCGGACGGAGAGCUUCCCAAGGUACCGCGCACCAUCACGUCCAACGUGACGGUCAACCCGGACGAUGAGGUGUCGUUCUCGACCAACGUGGACACUUUGAUGCGAGCCAUCCAGGCCAAGGUUGAAACGAGCGACAUUGUCAAGGUGGCCGAAGAUAAAAUUAGAGCAGAAACUAGCAGUCAUCCUUCUCCGGAGGUAGGCUAUUCGACCCUAGCAACACGGCUCCCACAGGAACACGACUUGACGGCAGACGAGGAACAGGUUGGUUCUCCCGAAAGCACUGGAUCCGACAGGUCAAAGAAGUCGAGGACCAGCUGCAAGCGAUACAUUUGCGAUUUCCCCGACUGCAACAAGAGCUUCUCGCAAAAGACCCAUUUGGACAUUCACCGAAGAGCGCACACUGGAGACAAGCCUUAUCCGUACGAGUGUGCCGUUUGCGGCAAGAGGUUCGCUCAGAGGGGCAACGUCCGAGCCCACCAAGUUGUGCACAGGCAAGUCAAGCCCUACGUCUGCAAGUUGGAAGGGUGCAACAAGGACUUUACGCAGCGCGGAAACUUGAAGCGUGUCGAAGCGGACCGGGAGUUGUGGGAAUACUUUGCCACGACGUACAAGAACAGCAACAAGGGCAUCAAGGGCCGGGGCAAGGAGAAGCGGUCGGGACUCUCGCAGUCUCCCAAGAGCACCGUCAUGUCCCAGUUCCCCGUGUGCCCUCCAGAGACGUCCACGAUGCACAGGGGCUCGUACUCUGGCCCUUCGCAGCACGUGCCCCAACAAGGUAUCCUCAACCCUCCCAACGGACUGCCCAACACGGCCAUGGACAGGUCCGGGCCCGGCAUGCUCGGGGGCCACCUAUCCAACGGCAUGGGAGAUCACGACUCGUCAAGCGCGGCAACCAGCAUGUACGACGAGCCUCACAGCCAGUCUUUCCACGACCGGGGCUACUAG